AUGCCUGGUGGAGAGCCUGUCUGGUUGGAUAAUUGUGAAGAUAUGGAUUUAGACUACUUGUUUGGCUUUGUUGAAGCAUAUAUUUUCUCCCCACCAGAUAUGAAAAGACCAUUCUUACUAUAUAGGACUUCAAAAAACACACUAAUCUUCCCUACAGGUGAAUUUGUUGGUGUUUAUUACAGCAAAGAGCUAAAAUAUGCUAAAACCAUAGGAUACCAGGUAACCCCUCUUUGCGGCUGCAUCAUUCAAAAGAUGGAUCCCUGCAGCCCAUUUAAGGACUUUGUUACCAUGCUCUCUAUAGAAAGGAUAAAGGCUAAGAAAAAGGGGAAUGAGUCCCAGGCUUAUGUCUACAAGCUCCUUAUGAAUUCACUCUAUAAGAGAUUUGGUAUUAACCCCCAAACCUCCCUGAUAGAGAUCUGUAAUUAUCAAAGAUAUCUCAAAUUAAUUCAAACUUAUGGCUUUGUCGAUGCGGAUAAGCUUAAUGAUUCAUACUAUAUUGUUAACUAUAAGACUAGUACAGAGAGAAAUCCUGAUAUAGAGUGGAAACCUCCGAAGAUAGCAGCAGUUCAACUGGCUGUAGAAAUCACUGCAUGUGCUCGUAUCCAUAUGUAUCCUUACAUUUCUAGGGAAGAUUGUCACUACAUCGAUAUCAACUCCAUUCUUAUUAUAGGACGUCUUCUAGAUGAAGUUAUCUCUUCCACGAAGUUAGGGAAGUUAAAACUGGAGUAUGCAUCCUAUGAUACUAUCUAUGUAGCUGCCAAGAAUUAUUGUUUCUUUAAAGAGAGACACGUUGAUGUCAUUAAACAUAAAGGGUUGACUAAAGAAUUGGUCACUCUUGACUGGUAUUAA